AUGACAGACAAAAACUUAAAAUCAUUUGGAUCUUUUGGAAAGCUAGGCAAUGAAGCUUAUCCAAAGGGAGGUAACACAAUAGAAGAAGAUAUUGAAGAGAAAUAUGACUCAGAUGCUUUUGAUGAGGAUUUUGAAAAGGGAGAUGAGGAGGCGCGAAAAAAGGAAGAACUUUAGAAACUUCAUGAUAAGAAGACCGUGAGAAUAUAUGAAGAAUAGAAAUCAAAGGGUCUUAUUAAAGCCUCUGAUGAAAAUGAUAGGGAGGGGAUCUUCAGAUAUGACACAGAAUUAGAUGAUUUAUGGUUUAGAGUCAGAAACUUUUUGAAUGAUCUCAAGGACAACGGAGAAAAGAUUGACACGGGCUUGAGAGAAACUAAACCAAAUAGAAUAAAAUUCCUAGAGUUUUGCGAGAGCUAUAAGAACCCUAAGACUGGAAUCCUUACUGAAGAAUAAUUGCUGAGCGUUUUCACUAAACUAAGGUUAAACCCAUGCCCUUCUCAAACAGAAUUAAGGAGGCUGUACAAAUCUCUUGAAGCAUUUGCAGGCCCAGACAAUGAAAGAGAAAUUAACUACAAUAAAAUACUUGAAGCUCCAACAAUGAGAGAACAUCAAAGUAUCAAUGGAAUUUUCCCUAAAAUUAAAGCUAGAGGUCCAAGUAGACAAUAAAUUGAAGAAUAAAAGAGAAAGGAAGAAGAGGAAAAGAAACUAAAGUUAAAAUAAGAGUUAGAGGAAAAGAAAAAGAAGGAAAUAGCUGACAAGAGAAUAGAAACAGCAAAGAAAAGAGAUGUUCUUGGAGGUGGUUACAAAAAGAUGACUAAAGAUGAGAUUAAAAUGAAGGAGAGAGAAGAAUAAUUGAAGAGAGAAGAGGAAAAGAGAGAACAACUCAGAAAAUAAUAAGAAGAAACUGAAAAGGUUAGGAAGGAGGCGGCUGAAUACAGAAAAUCUAUUGAUCAAAUUAGAAGAAACACAGUCAGCUCAGGAGAAAACAUCAGAAAUUGGUUUAAUCUUUUUGAUGAAAAUAAUGAUGACAAACUAGAGUAUGAUGAAUUCAAAAGACUCCUGAAACACAUCAAUAUAGCUGUGAGAGAUUAAGAUCUAAUUAAGAUUUUUGAAUUGAUGGACCUUUAGCAAACUGGAAAGAUAUCUUACCAUGAUUUCUGUGAUGUAAUUGAAAAGAAUCAAAUAUUACCUAUUGAGAAAAUAGUCAGAAAAAGGAUUAAAGAUCGUGGCGAAAUAUUUGUUGAGGAUGAUGAGUUUGUUUAACUAAACCCCAUCAUUAGAACUUAAUUUGCAGAGAUUGGAGGUAGUGUCCAUAAGGAUAUUGGAAGCGUUGAUGGUCUUAGUGAUAUAAUGAAAAGAUCAAAUGCUGACUUCGAUAGACAACUUAUCUAAGAUGAUGAUAAUAUUCACUUGUACAAUGAUAUUAAAGAACAACUAAGAGCUCAGUUCCAUUCCUUUGAUGACCUUUUGCAGAAAAUGACUUAAAAUGACAAAAUUACCAGGAGCAAUCAUGUUACAUUCAAAGACUUUGAAGAUCUCAUAAGAAGUCUACCAAUGGGUCAUAAAUUCUCAACAUAAUAACUAAAAAAUGUCUUUAUGUCUUAUGCUUAGGGCUCUAAUGUUUUAGAAGCCUUUAUUCCUAUGAUGGACUUCAAGGAUAGAUUCUUCCCUGGAAUGCACUGGUAGAAAAUCGCAAUCAGCUCAAACACAUCCAGUCUUCCAAGCCAUUCAAAUUUUGGUGAAAGUAUGAGAAGCAGCUAGUUAGAAUCUAGGAGUGAAAGUAUGCAUGUGGAUAACAUUCUUGCUGGCAAAAAGUUCGAAGAUGUUUAACAAGAGAAAUUGCUUCAGCAAGAAUAGCUCAUUAGAGAUAAAGAACUUAAAUAUUAGAAUAAGAGAGGAGGACUCGGAGUUAUCAAUGAAGACAAAUUCGAAGUAUAGAGCCAAAGCUCUUUACCUUCUAGAGCAAUUGAUGAUAUAAUGAGCAGAGAUAUAGAUCCAAGGAGAAAUAAGAAUUAACCAGGAGGAUAAUCAAGACUGUAAUCUGUAAAUUAAACUAUGAAUAAAGAUCAAUCAUUGAGACAAGAUGAUCUUAAGAAAUUCAUUAGCAAUCAAGAUUACUUUAGACAAAGUGAAGCAUUAACAAAGUAAAUUCCAAUAGAGGAAAGAUUUAAAUUAGAUAGAUCAAUUGAUCAUCUUUUUCAGAAAUUCUGCAAAAGUUUGAUUGAUGAGAUCAGCACUGGACCUGUCAAGCGAGACAUCAAUAGCUAUGUUAUUCAUUACGGGAAGGAGAGAAGCGGGUUCUUGAACUACUAAGAAUUCAAAGAGAUUUAUAUGACUCAUGUACAUUAUAGCGACAAUGAUUUGAGCAAGCCUGUGCUUGAAGAAGGAAAAUUAAAAGCACUGUUUUCAAUAUUCGACCGACAGUCACUUUCAAGAAUUCCCCUCAAUGACUUUGUGCAAAUAGUUCUUUCACAGAACCCUCAAGGUUCUAUUAUUGACAGGCUGAAGAAUAAAAUCAAGAAAGGAGGAGACAGAUUGUUAAAUGUCCUAGCUGAUGAAUUCUAACAAGCUGAUAUUCCUUAUGGAUGCUAAGGAAAAAUCCCAAUCUCAAAUUUUUAAACAAUUCUCUUAGAUUAUGAUAUGCCAUUGAUGGAGCAUGAUCUGUAAGCAUUAAGGAAGAAUGCCAUGACUUAUAAAGACAGUGAAGCUAAUGAGUUCAUUCGUUAUAAAGAACUGAUGGAAUUGACUAAGCCAAAGAAAGUUGUCUCUUAAGAUAUGGUUGAACUAAACAGACUAGUCACUAGAAUUUAAGCAACAUGGAGAGGAUAUAUGCAAAGAAAGUUAUACUUGAAAAUGCAAAAAUCUGACUUGAAAAAUCUUGGAAUUCAAUUCGGUAGAGUUACCAGAGGAGUUAAAUUUGAUGGCGAAGAGUAAAAGACAAAGGGGAGAUCAACCUCUAAGAAGAUGACAGCUUAAUAGAAGAAAGAAGAGUUAGAAAAAAAGAGGAAACAGGUAGCAGCUACUAAUAAAGCGAAGAGGAAGAAGUCUGAAACUCUAGAGGCAAGAAUGGGCUAAGCUGUUAAAGGAGCAAAAACUACACCUAAUGAUAAGCAGCUAUAGAUGCGACAAAUCAUUACAGAUUUUAUAAAGAAUGAGUUUUUCGAUGAUAUCAUUCACAAAGCAUAAUGCUACGCUGAAUCUCUAAUUGUCGGAAGAGAUAUUUAGCAGAACUUUGAAAAUAGACCAGUCACAAAAUUCAUAUAUCCUAUGAUUCAAGAGUUCUAAUACAAUGUAAUGGGAGUCUAACCAAAAACUCUAUAAACAUUAAAUGAAUUAGGUCAAAUCAUGUAUUUAGACUCAGAAAAUCAACUUAAUCAGUAUGAUAUUCCAACAAAUAAGUCACUCUAGCAAGUCAACCUUGGAACUAGACCACCACUUAAGCAUUAUGAUAUCAUUGAUCUAGUGUGUGAUCAAACUAGCGGUAGGAUAUAUACCUUGAAUUCGAAUUGGAUUCUAGAAAUUUGGAACAUCGAGUAGAAUGUAAGCUUGCCUUAGAAAAGACUUGCAGUCUGUACAAAUGAAGGAAAUAAAGAUUAUAUUUCAGUGUAUUACAAAAAUAGUUUCAAUAAUGCAAAGCCAAGAUUUUUGAGUUUAUCGGAUCAUAACCAAUAAAUAUUAGUAGUGAAUACUUCAUGUGUAGAUGGAAGCAUAGUAUUUAUUGAUCCAAUUUCAUUCUCGGUUUUGAAAAAGAUUUAACUUAGAUACCAAGAUUAUGAGAUUCCAAAAAGAAUCAGAGAAUCAAUCAACUUUCUUAAGAAUCUGUUUUAGAGUAUUAAUGACAGAACUGGAAAACAGACUAUUGACAUUUUUGCAGAUAUCCUAAACCCAACUACUCAAUCAUUUAAGGUCAGAGACUUUGCUAAUAAGUUAGGAUUCCUCGACUAAACUUAAAAGAUGGAAGAUUUAUACAAAAUGUGCGCGGUCUUGGAUGAGGAUAAUAGCGGCUCAAUAUCAUUAGAUGAGUUCUUGCAUUACUUCCAACACUUAAGCUAAUCGAGUGAGUCGGAACAUGACAAAAGAAAGCAAGAAGAAGAACUAUUUGAGAAUAUUUGGCCUGAAUGGGUUGCGAGAGAAAAUAAAAUUGAAUAUGCCAAGCAACUUCUUGUUAGAAUGUAUGACGCGAUGAAGAAGACUCCAAACAUUUCACCAGAAUAAGCAUUUCAAAUUUUUGAUCAAAAGGAAAAAGGGUUAAUAUCAUUGGAUAACUUUAAGAAAAUUAUCACUAUGUUUUUCCAAGAAGCUAAUUUAGAUAAUUUCGACUUAGACUUCAUCUUGAGAAUGACUCCGAAAACCGUAGAUUAAUAAUACAUGUAUAGAGAAUUUUGCAAGUUUUUAGAUAAGAGGUUUGUUAGGACAUUCAAAGCAAAUACAAGUCAAACAAUGAACUCCAAAGAGAUUUCAUUCUCAAUUACAGAUCAAUUAAAAGACUCAAGCAUCAAGGAACUUGAUAGAGCCUUAAAGAAAGAAGCAUCUUUAAACUAUGCAAUAAGAAAAAGUGCCGAGCUAAACAUUGACUUGAGAUCAAUUUUCAUGAAAAACGAUGAAAGUGGGCUAAGUGUCAUUCCAAGAGCGAGAUUCUGGAGAAUACUUGAGUCUUUACCCUUAGGAUUAGUUACCUUUGAAUUGGAGGAAAUAUUUGAUAAUGAUCUAAACUAUGACAACUAUGGAAACGUAGACUAUACCAUAAUUUUAAACAGUGAUAUCUUUGUAACUCUGGAAAGAUAAAGGCUUAGAAAAAUGACAAGGAAGAACGAUUCAUUAAAUUUUGAUGCUAGUUCCUUGAACCUAAACAAUCAUGAUGUAGAUAAACUAACUGAUAAUAGGAAAGUUGUAGUUGAGGAUCUAAUAUACAUUGAUGACCUUGAGAUUCUAGUCUACACGACUAUAGCUCCAAGAACUUCAAACAUUUUUGUAACCAACGCCAAAAAGUCAUCAAUGGAGGCAGAUCCAACUUAACCAGAAGUAGUGAAUCUGUCUAACAUUCAAAAUAAGCUACUUUAACAAGAAAAGCUUAACCAAACAUAGCAUUAGCAGUCUAAUGAUCUAAUGGCUAAUUACUUUUAAUUGCUUGGCAGACUAAAAGGUCAUAGAAAUACAGAUCCUCCAACACUCUACUACGUUGCUUAGAGUGGAUGUCUCAUAUCAGGAGAGAAGCAUCUUAAUGAGGUAACUUACUAGCCUGGAAGAGAUACAUUGCCUAAAGUAAAUGACCCAAAAAUUCCACAUUCUCACAAAUUCCAAAAAUCUUCCCAAACACCCUAUGAGAAUCACUCUGACAGAGAAAAGAAUAGUAUGUAUAAGUCAGAAAUAAUCAUUUGGAACUUAUAAAGAGACAUGAUUGAGCUAUUUAUGACCAACCCACCUUGGAAUGUGCCGAUCUUCAAAAGAUUCCAGGCGCAUAAUGCCUCAAUUAUCGAUAUCAAUUAUCUCCCAAAGUCUUAACUUUUAGUAAGUACUAGCACUGACUAAACUAUCAGGUUCUUUGAUCCAGUGACUACAAGCUACUAAUUAACAGAUCCAAAUAACAUUCCACAUUCUCAACAAAGACCUGGAUAUUACAAGCCUUUGAUAAAUGAGAAUACAAAAGCUAAUGUAACUUUUAAAGAAGUUAAAAGAAUUUAUACUGGUCAAGAUACUUCAUGUUAUUCACUCAGAUGUCUUAAUCUAUAAAAUAUCACCCUCGACAACAAUAACCCAGAAUUCAAGUCCUGCAUUGAAUGGUUAGUCUGCCUCAAAUUGGGUAGGCCUUCCUAUUAGGGACGCAAAAACACCUAGAUUGGUUUCAUUUCAGGCUAUGGAAUUGAAAGAGUCAAGAUUGAAGUUCCAGCUGUGCAUCAUGAUGACAUUAUUCCUCCCUAUGUGAUGAAGGAGUGUGAAGAUUUAGUCUCAACAAGAAGAAAGAGAAUCAUAACAGCAUUCUAGCACAAUCUUCCUCACAAAAUAGAGAAGAUUUACUCUUAAGUUCAGUUGCAAAAUUCCUAUAUUUCUCACAUUAGGAAGUUAUUCCUGGAAGCAAUUCUUAAGAGAAAAGACCUUAAGUAUGUCAAUCCAGAGCCGUUAAGGGAAAUCUACAAAAUUAUACUCAAACUACCUAAUAGAACAAAAUUCGAAAACUUCCUAGCUAUAUCUGGCUGCUCGGAUAAGCUCUCUGUUUCAGAGACUUUCUUCUAUCUGUAAAAGUUCAUGCAGAUCCAUCCUUUGAGAACAACUCAAAUUGAAUUUGAGAAGUCAAUUGAUGAAUUCCAGAGAAAACACUCAAGAGAAUUCUUACGAGGGACAAAGAGAUGGCCAAAGGCAGCUGUAUAGAAGUUCGCUAAUCAUGUUAAGAGCUUCGGCCUGAAUAUCUCAUAUCUUGAAAGAGACUCAUUUUCUAGCAGCAAAAGCAAAACAAAUGAUUUCUGCACAAGAGAGAGAUUUAUUUCCUAUUUCAAUGAAUAAGUGCAGCAAAACUAAAAGUUUUCAGACGAAGAGAUAGAUUCUGUUUUAAAUGAACUUGAUCCAUUCUUCACUGGAAUUAUACAGAUUCAACUAAUUCAAAAUUACUAUAGAGAGGAAAUUCACUUCUAUAAUCUUACAACCCUUAACAGACCAAAGUAGAUCCUUGCAGAUCUAAGAGGUAAAGUGUUCCCAAAUAAGAAACUUGCCUUGCAGCAAUCACUUGUUUCAGUUGAUUCCUAAGGUGAUGGUUAUAUUAAUAAAGAGCAGUUUAUUGAAGCAUUUUUGAAAGCAGGAAUCAAGGAAGACAGAGAUGUCCUAGAAUUCCUCUUUGAAGUAGUCGCUGAGAAAUACAACACAGUGUAAAAUGAAGGUGAUGUUACUAACGAUGACUUGAAAGUGCUAUCAAUCACCUAUUUCAUUAACAAGCUAUUCAAUAAUACAGAGAUUCAUGAAUUGACUGAAAUAGACCAAACUCUCCAAAAUAUAAAAGCUGCUUUAAUCUACAAAGGUUUAGACUUUAGCAUUAUUUUUGCAGAAAAUUCUGCUGACUAAGUCAAAGGUAAGAGAGCAAGCUCCCCUUCAAAAGUUUUAGAUAAAAGCAGUGCGGAUGACACAAUGCUUUUGCAGAAGAAAAUAAAAGAAACAGCAAUUGAUUUAACAUAGCAUUACACUAGAUUCGCUCAAUAGCUAGUGGCUUAAGAAUUCUGUGCCAGAGUUGAGCAAUUAGAAUCAAGAUCUGUAUCUAGAGAUUAAAUUAGGAGACUUGCUAACUUCUUAGCUCUCAAUCAGAAAAACUAGAGUGUAAUCUACCUAAACUCUUGGAUUCAUCACCUAAGAAGAGUUUAGACUGCAUUCCAUUCUCCAAACAAAGCUAUUCUGCCUGUUAUCUGCUCAAAACUACUCAGGAAUGAAAACGUGUUCAGAUCUUAUGUUGACUCGACUGCAGAAUUAAAAGGAAGAAGAGAUGAAGAAAAAUAUAUCGAGAUAGCUGAUUUGAGACAAGUUUUGAAUAAAUUUGGAGUCAACUAUAUCAAUCAGGACAUUUUCCUCAAUGAGUUUACAAAGAAUGACAAAGUUCAUAUUGAAGACAUUAUAACAAGAAUGAAGAACUGCGUCUAGCAAACUUAUAACAUGGCAACGAGCACUCUAAAUAGAUCAUUAGAUGAUAGCAAUCAUAGUUAGAUUGAUGAAGUUGAAACAAUUAGAGAUCUCAGAAAAACAGACUAUUUUGAUAAGGUAUAAAUGAGACUCAAAAAUUUACAUGGAAAAGUCUUACUCUCUGAUUUUAUUGAGAGAUUCAAAUAGUUUGAUCCAUCUGGAACUGGAAGAAUUAAAAUAUACCAUUUCAUCAAUGUUCUUAAGCAUAAUUACCCUGAUAUAUUUGACCCAGAUACUUUAAUUGGCCUCUAAUUUGAACUGGAAUCAAUAAACACUGAUGAUUGUGUGGAUUAUGAUGAAUUUGUAAGGAUAUUUAUGGAAAGAAGAGCAGAGAAGAAUGCCUUUGGGAAUCCUAAUAGCGUAGAUAUUUAUGGAGAGUACAUGCAGGAAAUCAAGCUUGACAAGAAAUCUACUUAUUAGAUUCAAGAUUUCGAAGACCUCGUCACUAGAAUUUCUACAAACUUGAAAUAGUAAGGGCUUGAUGAUGUAAUGAAGCUUUUUAACAUAUUCGCUAAAAAUGGUGCAAUAACAUAUGAUGACAUGAGAAAAUUAUUCUAAAUGGUAGGGUUCGUUAUGACAGAUGUAGAAUUCAAGCUACUUAUUAAUUUUGCUGAUGAGAAUAGAGAUGGUUUUAUUAGCGCCAUGGAAUUCGCUAACCAAGUAGUCUUUGCAAAAGAAUUAUCACCUCAAUUCGAUAUCAACAAGUGGAUAGUUGCAUCCAGAUCACUAAUGGGAAGAUACUACAUUUUAGACAGAUUGAGUGGUAACAUUGAUAUAUUAAAGGACUCUUUGAUAUCUGAAUAUGGAAAAGAUGGAUCGCAUUCAGGUGUAUUGACAGGAGAGUAGUUCUAAGAUUUAGUAAGAGAUGCUAAACUCUAGUUCUCUGAAUUUGAGAUUGAUGUUUUGACUUCUUAUGCAAUCAAAGGUAGUAAAAGAGUAACAUCUGGAUAGUAGUCAGAUAGUCAUCAUAUAAUCAAUGUCAGAUCUGAUUUGAUUCAAUUCUUCAGCCUGAUGAAGUCACUUGAACCUGUUGUUAAACAUAUGAGAAAAGAAGAUGAUGAACAAAGAAAAAAAUAAGCUGAGUACGAUAUGUUUGAAGAUGAGAUGACUAAGUUUAGAAGAGAACUUGAUAAAAGAGAAAAGGAGUAGCAAGAGAUGAUUAGUUAAAAGAUGGAUCCACUUCAAAAGGCAAGAGAACAGCAACUUAUCAACAAGAUUAUAGAAAUAUUUGUUGAAAGAGAAGUAACUUUCUUUGAUUGCUUCUAACAACAUUACGAUCCAUUGAAUCCAGGAAAAUCUAUCAUAACAAUCAGUUAGUUUAAGAAAUCAGUAAAUAGCCUGAACUUGCCCUUGACAGUUUAAGAACAUAGAAUUCUUAGAAGAAUUGCAGACCCUCAAUAAAUUGGAAAGGUUGAUUUGCAAAAGUUUUGUCUUAAAUUCGAAACUGAGGAUUUAAGAAUUAAAAGACUAAAUGACAUUUUGGAAAAGGUUGCUACAGUAUUCUAUCUUCAAAACUUUAACCUUAGAAGAGCAUUUGCUUUGUUUGAUAGAAAUGGAGAUGGAACUAUUUCAAGAAGAGAAUUCAGAUAAGGAUGGAUAACUCUAAAUUUAGGUCUCUCUUAUGAUGAAAUUGAUGAUCUAAUGAAACUGGUUGAUACUGAUAGAAAUGGACAAAUUUCUUAUGAUGAAUUUAUUUCAAGGAUGGACAUCCAUAUACAGAAGAAAUCUAAGCAAGCCUAAGAAAUGGCUAAAGAUAUUAUUUUCCAUAAAAUAAAAAGUCUCUUAGAAGUCAAUUCAGAUUCAUUAUACGAAAUAUUCUCUAACUAUGACUAUGAUCAUUCAGGAACUAUCUAAGUGCAUGAUAUAAUUAGAGGUUUUAAAAAGCUUGGAAUCUUGCAUCCAGAACCACACAUUAAGAUUCUUCUUGAGGCAGGAGGUUAAAGAGAGACUGAUGAAAGAAUAGACUACGUCAUAUAUUCUUAGAACCUAUAAUCUAAAAUAGAAAAAAUACUUGGAAUUAGUCUGAAGAAAAAUCAUGAGAUUCUUCAAAAAGUAACUGCUUUGAUCAGUACAAGAAAACUAAGUACUUUUGAAUUCUUUAUAAAUCUUGAUGUGAAUUUCAGUGGCAAGAUUAGUAAAAUUGAAUUCAAAACAGGGCUUUAAGCUUUUGGAAUAAGCAUUACAACUAGAGAAUUCGAUAACUUAUGGAAGAUGAUCAAGAAACCAGUGAAAAAGUUAAAUAUUCAACAAAAGAAAGACUAAGAUAUACUCUCAUCAAGAAGAUCAAGAAGAAGUGGACAAGAAAGUCAAAGAGAUUUAGAUUCUAUUGAGAUUGAUUGUCUUAGCUAUUUCGAGCUGCUAAAUGCUUUCAUUGUUUCUGGAUGCUUGAGAUUCUAGAAAUCUGUUGAUAAUACGAAUAAUCUAGUCAACAAAUUUAGACAGUAACUAAAAAAGAAAAACAUUUCAGUAGAAAAAGCAUAUAAAUAGUAUGACCCUGACGAGUAAGUUUCACAAUAUUUAAACAAAUAUAGUCACAAAUUUGUCUUUAAGCAUGAUUUCAUUAAUGAAUCAUUGAUGAUGGGAUUAGAGUUUAAUGAAGAUGAAUUGGUCAAGAUUUUCGAUUAUGUAUGCUAAGUAGGAACAAAAGGCACAGAUAGCAAUGACCAACAAAAACAAUAAAUUGAUAGAAAAGUUCAAAAGGCUACUACUCGAUUCACAUUCAAAUAACUUCAUGACGCCGUUCUAGUAAAGCGAGAUGAAAACUGGAUCUUCCAAUCAUUCAUUAAGAUUCAUGGAGUAGUAUUGCAAAAGAACCUGAGCUACAAAAGAUUAUUUACUCAAUGGAGAGAAAAAGGAACAAAGAGUUUACAAGGCAGACUUCAGGCAAAGGAAUUGAAGGCUGGAUUGAAAAAGUUGAGGGCUGGUCUUACCUAAGAUGAAAUAGAAAAACUGAUCACUUCUAUCUAGUUUGAAGGAAAAGAUAAUGCGAUAUCAGCAGUUGAUUUUGAGAGAGUGGUUGUUUAGGGAGCUAAAAAGCUUGAACUAGAAAAGUCAUAUGAAAAAUUAGUUAUUCAAGAGUGGAUUACCCACUUUAAUUAGGCUCUCGAUAAAGAAGCUAUUCCAAUUGAAAGAGUCUUCUAAGAGCAUGAUAGAGAAUAGAAAGGCUCUCUGAGUUUUGAAGAGUUUGCCUUACUAAAUGAAUUUGUAGGCCUUUCUAUACCUAAGAAAGAACUAAAACGUACUUUUGAUAUCAUAGAUAGGGGAAAGAAUGGCAGAGUUAGACUAGAGGAAGUUAAAUCAAUAUCAAGUCUCCUUGAAAAUGAAGAGGAACAUGUUGAUGAUGAGGAUGAGAAGAAUGCCAAACUUGAAGGGGAAGAACUGAAAACAAGAUAAGAACUUGAUGACUUAUAUGAAGUUGUUAAAGAUAAACUUGAGAAGAAAAAUACUACUUUUGAAUCUAUCAUAUUCGAUGUUCUCAAAUAUAUGCCAAACUAAUUUGCAAAUAACAAAGGUAUCCAGUAGAUCUUCGAAAAACUAUAAAUAAUAUUAACUCAACAUGAAGCCGAAAAAGUGCUAAAUGAUGUUAGAAAAUCUCAAGCAGGAAGGAAAAGAAUUAAUGUCGCUUUCUUUGACAAAGGAUUUGUAGACCCUCUUAUAGCCUAAUGCUGCUAAAAUUUGAACAAAAUGGUGAGUGUUUAUGAAAUGACUAUAGAGAAAGUUUUUGACAUUUUCGAUAAAGAGAGAGAUGGAAAGAUAUCAAAGGAUAUAUUCAUUAAAUGCAUGUAAGGAAUGAGUCUUGGAAUCUCAAUAGAAGAUCUUAUUGAAUUCUUCAAUUAUCUAGAUGAUAAAAAUGAUAAUGUUAUAACAAAACUACAAUUUGUAGAUGGAAUAUCAUUUGUGAUUAAUAAAAUUGGAGGUGGUUCAAAGCUUGAAUAAGCACUAAAUUCUGGAGUUUAACAAACCAAAAAAGGUUCAUCGAUAAAGCAAUAAGUCUUUAACAUUCUAAAGAAAAUAACUGAUGCAAUACAAGCUAAAAGAUACUCAAUGAGGUAGGUACUUUCUAUCUUUGAUUCAGCGAGAACUGGGUUCAUUUCAAGAGCAGAGUUUGCUUCAACUCUCAAGACUCUAGAAGGAGGAGUUUAGCUUGAUGAGGCUAGACUAUUGAUGAACUUCUUUGAUGAUAAAAACACUGGAAAAUUAAGUGUGAUUGAAUUUGCUAAAGCCCUUCAGGAGAUAAUGAAUAAUUAGACUGGGGGAGGCAUAUAUGCUUACAUGUAAAUUCAACCAAUUUUAUAAAGAGUUAUCAAUGAACUUGCUAUUGAUUGUGAUAAAUUCUUUGAUGAGGUUGCUGAAAUUAAUGAAUUACUUCUUGAAGAUGAAUAAAGAUAAAUGCAUUUGACUGAAGGCAUGCAAUCAAGAAUGAAAAAAUAGUCGAGAGGCUAAUUAGUUGGGUUAAGUAAACGACUAUUUUUCUAGCAUUUGCAAAAAUAUGGAGUGCAACUUGAUGAAGAUGAAAAAACUCUCUUGAACACAGUGUUCAGUCUAAAUGAUUGCAUCUAUAAGUUUGAUUAUGAGAAGUUAGAUCAAGCUUUUGAAGGAGUCUAAUAAUAACUUUAUGCUCAUGAAACAUUCUACACUGUUGAGUGGCAAAGAAGAAUCUUCAAAAAGAUUGGAGAGUAUCUGAGGAAAAAUAAUCUCACCAUUCACAAGUGCUUCAACUUGAUAGAUGAAGAUAAUUCCCAGACCAUUUCUAUGGAAGAACUCAAAAAUGCUAUUAUUAGAUUCUAAUUAGAUAUAAAUGACAAAGAAUUGAAAGUCUUCCUUCAAAGAUUAGAUGAAGAGGGCAAAGGAUAUAUUACUCAGCAAUAAUUUGUGAAGCAAUUUUGGAGUGCAUAUACCUAUGAGGAUGUAUUUAGUUAAGAUGACAAUAAGGCAAAUAAUCCUAACAAGUAGCACUCUGGAGCUAAAGUUGAUGGCUUGAGUGAGAGAAUAAAGAGAGUAAGAAUGUUUAAUGCUAUUCAAAAGAAAAUCAAGCUAUAAUAUAAUUCUCAGACUGCAUUUAAACAGCUUGAUAAGGGAAUUGGAUUCCUGACGCUUAAGGAUUUCCAAAAUUACCUGCCUUUGAAUUUCGAUAUCACCCUUAAGAGAGAUGAGAUUUUAAGACUCUUUAAAGAGAUAGACAGAGAUAAAGAUGGACUAGUUAAGUAUAAAGAAUUCGAGCAAUUUUAUAACGAAGAUUAUGAUAUGAGACAAAAAGAGAUUGAAAAAGAGAAAUCUGCUAUGAAUUAUUAAUACGAGAUUUUUGAUCAUCUAAUGAAGGUCCUACACUAAAAAUCAUUGUCAUUGGCAGAAGUCUUUGAUUAAAUUGAUACUAACUAGAAUGGAUAUAUUGAAUGUGAUGAAUUCCAAAAUUUAUUAGAGAGACUUGGAUUUACUAUAUCUGAGGCAUAAGUUUAUGAACUAAUGAGAUAAAUGGAUGAAAAUUUUGAUGGAAGAAUAUCAUACAAGGAACUUAGAGAUCAUGUGAAAAGUCUUGGAUUUAAUAUGGGACUCGAGAAUAACUAUUAGUAAAUCUAAAAUUAAAGUCUAGUUAAAAAAGUCGAACCAUUUGUCUGGAGAGAUAAAGGACUAGAGUUAGUAAUCAGAACACUGAAGUCCUACCUGAAUAAAAAACCGUUUGAAGAUUAUUUCAAGAAAUUCGAUGGUGAUCAUGAUAAUCAUCUAACGCCACAAGAAUUCAGGUAUUCAUUGUUAUCAGUAAAAGAUGUUUAACUAAAGAAGUUUUAAAUAGAAAGAAUUCUGCAUAUUCUUAUUGAUGAGAAGAAAUCACUUCCAGUUAUAUCAAUUAGCAAACUAUCAAAAUUCCUUAGAAAUUACUAGUACAUAGACAAAGAUAGUAUUCAAAAGGGAAAUAACACCACAGCUAUUUUGAUUGAUGAAGACUUAUUCGUUUAUAUAGUGGAAAAGUACGAUGGCUUUUCAAGAUUAGUAGAAAUAAUCUCAUAAUUUGAGGAGAAAUCAUCAUAUCUCUAAAGACAUGUAUUUGAGAUUAAUCUAAGAGGACUCAACAUGCUUUCGAACUAAAAGACUGUUGAGAAGCUGCAUAAGAAGUCAGUCAAGCUUAAUGAGCUGUUUGAAUCAUCAUUAGUUCUACUAGCAGGAGAAGCAAAUAGACUUAUGAAGGAGGAAGCCUAAUUAUGCGUCUUAGAUCCAACCUAUAACAUUAAUACUAUUACUAAUGAUUAGAAUGCUGGAGUUCUAGCCAGUAUUCAAGUACCAACAAUAGAAAAUUCUGCUUUUGAUAUUGAUUUCGCUACUCUCAAUUUCCUACCAAGUGGAGCCUAAAGAUAUUAUGGAUUAAUGAGUGAUAGCUCAAGGAAAAAAGUAGAAGUUCUCAUAUUCCCUAAUGAUGAUCUAAAUUACGUAAGCAGUGAUGGUAAAACCUACAAGAAACAUCUUUAACUUGAGCUUUAAGUCCACAGAUAUUUAAUGGGACAACAAUUUGAAGAAGAUGAGGAUAUACUGGACCCUUCGAAAAUGGAUAUAUUCCCAAAUGUAGGAAAAUUCGAGAAAAAGAUUGGUUUAGCUUCGAGUGACAAAGAGAUAUAUGUUGUGAAUGAACUGGUAGAUGAAGAUCAAUGGAUUUCAUUGGAGGAAUUCGUAGAGAGAAAUGGUGGAAUCUUGAACAUUCCAUUAUUCUACCACACAGAUGCACCUUUGUUUAUCAUAAGAUAUUGGGCAAAGAAGCUCUUACAAAUUAUUGAGAAGUUGCACGAAGUGAGCAUUGUCUGCAGGUCUCUAGAUCUAAAACAAGUAUACAUAUCAAGAGAUGGUCAAACAAUGAAAUUAGGACAUGUACGAGGAGUGGGAAAAGUAAACAACCUUGGAUAUUUGAAAGAAUGUCCUGAUAUUUACUUAACUCUUGAAAAUAAUAGUAAUGAUGAAAGAUAUAACGGUGGUCAGAGCUCGACUAUAUCUCCUGGUCAUGGAGGAGGUAUCUCAUCAUCCAAGAAGACUGAGGCUUAGAAGUCUUUCUCAAAUAGGGCUCUAGAUAAUCCAUUUAUUUCACCUGAGAUUCUAUUUUCUAAAUUUACUGAUCAUACCUCUGCUUUGGAUGUAUGGUCUUUUGGAAUGAUCAUGUAUUGCGUACUUUUAGGCCAAAAGCCAGUUAGCUUUUACAAUAUUUAUAGAACAUGGUAUAAGAGUAAGCAUGGCCAUGAUAUUGAGCUUGCUACGCUACCUUUCAUUCCUCCUUCUCAGACCAACUUCUUAUACGAUCCUUUCUCAGUUGAUUUCGAUAAUCCUUUCAAUAUGGAGGAAUCUGAACUAAACAAAGAUUUAGAUUUACCAGGUUCUUUAAUGGAAAAGAAAACUAGCCUUAAUUUUGACAAUGUUAUGAAAUGUAUUAAAAACCUAUCUUGCAGUAGUUUAUUUGAGAGUGGUCAAUCUAAGAAAUUCUAAUUCAAAAACAUUGCUUAGGAGAUUAAAGAAAAUAGCAAUCCAAAUAUGCUGUCAGAUUAAGCUCCUAGAUUCCCAGGUAUGUCUCAUUCUAAUCAAGAAGUUAGAAGGAAAGUAUUCUAAGCUUUCGCUAAAUACGAAGUACUUGAGAGAAAGAAUGAGCUAGGUUUGAUUCUUGACCUAAUCGCAAGUUGUUUAGAUAUUGAUCCUAAAAAGAGACCAACUAUCUAAGGAAUGCUGAAAUCUCCACUAUUUUAACUGGAUACCUAUGAGAUGACAAACGCUAUCAGAUUCUCACAAAACGUAAUCCUCUAUAGAUCUCCUCAAAGUAGCGUAAGUCUAAGAAUAACAGCCCCACUAAGAUCUAUAUGUGCAGUGGCUAUAAAAAAUCCAUUUAACCUUUUCAACUUGGAGGGCGAAAUUAUGAAAUUGUUCUUGUAAACUGAAGAAUGUAUAGGUCACUUAUCCUCCUUACCUAUCGAUUAAAUAAAUUCAGUAUUGACUGAAAAUGAGAAGCGUAAAAGUCUAAUAAAUAGCAAUAUAAAAUCUCAAUUCAAGGGUAAAGAUUACUCUUAGCUUAGAGUUUCACCAAACAGCCCAUUAGCUGCUUAAAUUAUCGAAGAUAGAGUUAUUGAUAUGCUUAUUUUCUUGACUUUAAGAUACACAAAAUCUUUCAAUGAGUGGAAGAGUAAAAGACUUCAGGAGAUAGGAAAAGAAACUUAGAGUAUAAUUAAAAAUCAACAAAGUGCAGCCACUCUAUCAAUGUCAAGCAAAAGAAAGUCAGUUAAAUUUGAAGGAGAUCAAUAUACUGAUAGAGCUUCAACAUUUUAAGCAAUGAACUAGUCAAAUUUAUAAAAGAAGUAGACAGAAAGAUUGCAAAACAAUAUUCUUCAAAAGAUGGUUACACUAUUGAGGACUUUAGUCUAUGAAAUGCAUUCUUAUAGCACACCAAUGUCUCCAUUUGUUAAAGAAGUGUUGGAGUACAUCGUUAAAUUCUAUGCUGGUGAAGAACAUGAGCUAGGCUCGGACUUCGUUCUAAGAAAGACAUCUGGCAUCGAUAGUACAUUGAAGGACUAUUUAAGAGGUAGAUCCUUCUUCAGAAGAGAAAAUGAAUUAAAUGAUAAAUUUAAAUCUGACAACACAGAUAAGUAAUGGCAUACUGAAUAGAAAAAUAAGACAUUCCUAGACAAAUCAAAUCAUUGGAGUACUGAAAUUCAUCAAGAAGCUUUAAAGAUCUACAAAGACGCAAUUACAGAAUCUGGAAUGGGACAAAGUUGCUAUCCAGUUAUUAAUGACUACAUAACGAAUAUUACUAACUCAUUUGAGCCAUCUAAAGUAUUUUCACACUCAAUGAAUCAGUUGUGCCUGAGUUUCUUGAUUCCUAUGAAUAGAACUGCACUCUAUUACAAUGAAUUAAUCCCUCUUACUGAGUGCUUGGCAAGACUGUACAGCCCUGAAUUAGAGAAAGCAGGCAAAAGAUGUGCACUUGCAGUGAUAAGAUCAGUGUUCCAAACAGGCAGCUCUGAUAAGAUCAAGGCUUGUCUUGAUAUGAGAGUCCCCAAACACAUUAUUCAUUUCCUCCAAGAUCAUGACAGCGAAGUAAGACAUGAAUGCUUGCUUAUAUUCUAUGAAAUUUCUAAAGGACUGUAGGAUGAUGACUUUGAAAUACUUGGUAAAAGUGCAGCAAAUCUUAAACUUGAGUUGUCAAAGAGAGUCCAUAGAAGAACAGCUUUUGAUCAUCAUAAGACGAUAAGUUUGGUAUCUUAGCAAGAAGAGAUCAUCAAGAAUGAGGAAGAGAAAACAAAUUCUAAGAAAAAGAGAGGCCAAAGUCAGUAAUCUUAAGCAGAUAUUAUGUCAAAUUAUAUCAAGAGAACAACUGCUUUGAUAGAAAAAAAUGAGAACGAAAAGUAUAUCAAUUUUGCUUUAGACUUGCCGAAUCUGAAUUUCUUAUCCAAUAAAAGGUUCCUAAGAGAAAUGGCUAUUUGCUUUGAAUCACCUGUUUUUAUUGCACCACUCAUUAGAUUAUUGAAAAGUCAAACAGAGAGCUUCACUAACAAAGAAACUAUUAUCAAGAUUCUAUUUAACCUUUUCUGUGGAAAUGAAAAGGUUAUGAUUGCAAUAAAUUCUCCUGCUUGUGACACCUACAUGUCACUUUUAAGAAUGCUAAUGCAAAACUCAAAGAUUCAAUCUGCUAAAAUUUCAACUACAGGAUUAUCUGCCUAAAUGAGGCAAUAGCUUAUCCUUUAAGAUAAAGUAGUUGAUCUAUUUAAGUACAUGUUUGAACAAAGAAGACCAACAAUCAUUAGAGAUCUAAGCUGCAUCGGAGCAUCCUCAACUUUACUAAAAGAGCAGUCACUAUUCAUUCCAAAGCUAAUAAAUCUUCCAGAGAUUGUAUCAUUUGUGGAUGAAUUCAAUCAAAUGUAAGAACUAACACCGGAGAUGAUCAUCAUUGAGGACUAUAUAUCAGUGCUAAAAGACUUAAGAUGUUGGAUCAAGCAUUUCUAUAAUGAGAGUCAAAUACCUGAACUAACUAGAAUUAAAGCACUACAAAGAUGCAUUAAUCUCAUUAUCAGAGUUAUCAGAAUUGUGUGGGAAGAUUUCCCCUAUUCCCCUGAAAAGAGAGCAGACUACCUGAUAUUAAUUAAAGCAGGACUCUAGCUGAUUGAUUGGCUCUGUGUUCGAGGACAAGAGCAUUUUAUAUUUAAUGAAUAAAACGGAAAAUAUAAUCUUGAUUUCAUAAUUGACAGAUGUAAUUACAGCUUAACCGCAUUUAGACAUCCACAGGGCACUCAUGAAGUCCCACUUGAGGAUCUAGCACACAACUCUAAGAUCAAUAAAGAAAUCCAGAAGCAAAGAAAAUACGAUAUGUUCCCAUUCACUGAAAUCGGUGCUAUUCUUUAAAAUAUAUUGUAUUAACUAGUAAGAAAGAACUCACCCUUCACUAACUAACUUCUCUCGGAAGCUGAUUUCGGAUUUGUCUUUGGAGAGUAGCUAAUUCUUGAAUACGAUUUCAUUAGACACUGUAUUGAUAAUAAGAUUGAGAGUAUGGUAUUGAUUGAUACCUAUGUGAAGAAAAAUGAAAUCAGAUUAAACACAUUCGAAUAUCUUUUAACUAAUGACGAGCAUACCCUGAAGCAUCAGUUCAUUAAGUCUAACUUUAUUGAGAAGCUAUUUUCAGAUUACAUCCAAGAUUUUAGAGAAUUCAACAUUCAAUUCUCUAAAAUUGACUUAGAAUUCUUAGCUUUUAGAAAAACCUUCCCCAUUAGACUAGAAGGAAUUUCAAUCAUCAACACAACUUUAAUGCAGAAAUAGAGAGCACCAGCUGUUUUCACAGAAGUAAUAAUGUAUGCAAGAAGACAUUUCUUGAUAAGAAAUGAGGUCACUUUGCUGAGACAAGGUAGGAUUUCGACUGAGGAAUCAACAUCACUGCUUCUAUUCAGCAUCAUUUUGGAAAGUAAUGAAGAUGACUUGAUAUACGCAAUGAUGCAAGAAGGAGCUCAUAAAACAAUCAAAGAUAUGAUGAAAGAGUAUCCAAGCUUAAAUAAGAAAUUCCCAAUUUUGGCUUCUUUCACUAACAAAUUCUGA